GGCAAGUUCCAGAGGGAAACUUUUCUUUUCAAUUCCCCCUCCAGCGCCCUGAGGAGAGCCGGGGAGUGGAUAUAAAGCCAGCCGCCGCCGCACCACCUGUCUCUGGAUUACUUUGGGGGAUACCUCGCUGUUUGGAUAAAGUGAAGAGGGGUCUCUGUGUGGCCGGAGAAUGUGUCCCCCUCCGCAGGCUUCUCCAGCGGGCUGCGCCGUGUUCCUGCUGCUGGUGGCCGGGCUGCAGGCUGCGGCCGGGGCUCCCUCAGGCUGCCCCCCUCCCUGUGUGUGUGUCGGGGAGCUGGUGGACUGCAGUCGGCUGAGGAGAGGCCAAAUCCCGAGAACACUCCCGGAAUGGACCGUGCAACUGGACCUGAGCCACAACAAAUUGCGGGUGCUUGACGGCACUUUGUUUUCCAAACUACAACAUCUAAGUGAAAUAAAGCUGAACCACAAUGAACUGGAGGAAAUACCUGACCUGGGCCCUCAUGCUUCCAACCUCACAACACUCAUCCUAGCAAACAACAGGAUCAGCAGGGUCUCCGCGGAGCAGCUCAGACCCUUCCUCGCUCUGGAAACACUCGACCUCAGCAACAACAACAUGGUGGAAAUCAAGGCGGGCUCCUUCCCCGCGCUGGCCCUCAGAAACCUGUACCUCAACAACAAUCGGAUCUCCUCCCUGGAGACGGGCUGCUUCACCAACCUGUCCAGCAGUCUGCAGCUCCUCCGGCUCAACCGCAACCGCCUGGCCUCCAUCCCAGCCAAGAUCUUCACGCUGCCCCACCUGCUGCACCUGGAGCUGAGCAGGAACAGGGUCCGCAGGGUGGAGGGUCUGACGUUCCACGGGCUGCACGCCCUCCGCUCCCUGAAGCUGCAGAGGAACGGCCUCAGCCGCCUGAUGGACGGGGCCUUCUGGGGCCUCAGCAACAUGGAAGUCCUGCAGCUGGACCACAACAACCUGACAGAGGUGAGUAAGGGCUGGCUGUACGGCCUGCUGACCCUGAACCAGCUCCACCUCUCUCACAACGCCAUCAGCAGGGUCCGACCCGACGCCUGGGAGUUCUGCCAGAAACUCAGCGAGCUCAACCUCUCCUCCAACCAUCUGUCCAGACUGGAGGAGUCCAGCUUCGUGGGCCUCAGCCUGCUGGACCAGCUCCACAUUGGGAACAACCGCGUGAGCUUCAUCGCAGACGGAGCCUUCCGGGGCCUCUCCACCCUGCACCUGCUGGAUCUCCAGAAUAAUGAAAUCUCCUGGACCAUUGAAGACAUGAACGGCCCUUUCUCUGCUCUGGACAAGCUGAACAAACUCUUCCUGCAGGGCAACCAGAUCCGCUCGGUGACCAAGAAGUCUUUCUCCGGCCUGGACGCGCUGCACCACCUAGAUCUGAGCAAUAACGCCAUCAUGUCCAUCCAGGCCAACGCCUUCUCUCAGAUGAGGAACCUGCAGGAGCUGCGGCUGAACACCUCCAGCCUGCUGUGUGACUGCCAGCUCCAGUGGCUUCCUGUCUGGGUGGCAGAGCAGAGCUUCCUGCCCCGCGUCACCGCCAGCUGCGCCCACCCGCAGACGCUGAAGGGCAGCAGCGUGUUCUCCGUCAGCCAGGACCAGUUUGUGUGUGAUGACUUCCCGAAGCCUCAGAUCACGCUGCAGCCGGAGACGCAGUCCGCUCUGAGAGGAUCCAACGUGACCUUCAUCUGCUCCGCGGCCAGCUCCAGCGACUCGCCCAUGACCUUCUCCUGGAAGAAAGACAACGAGGUCCUGGACGACGCUGAGAUCCACAACCAGGCCCACCUGAGGGUGCAGGGCGGCAUGGUGGGAGAGACGGAGGUGACGGAGUACACCACCACCCUGCAGCUGCGGGACGUGGAGUUCUCCAGCGAGGGGAAGUACCAGUGUGUCAUCUCCAACCACUUCGGAUCGUCCUACUCCACCAAGGCCAGACUCACCGUCAACAUGCUCCCUUCCUUCACCAAGAUGCCAAUGGACCUGAGUAUCCGUGCCGGAGCGACAGCCAGGCUGGAGUGCGCCGCCGUGGGUCACCCCUCCCCUCAAAUCGCCUGGCAGAAAGACGGAGGCACGGACUUCCCUGCUGCACGCGAGCGCCGCAUGCACGUGAUGCCGGAGGACGACGUGUUCUUCAUCGUGGACGUCAAGGCCGAGGACAUCGGUGUUUACAGCUGCACGGCCCAGAACACCGCUGGAGCUAUCUCUGCUAAUGCUACGCUAACGGUUCUAGAAACGCCUUCCUUCCUGCGACCCCUCAUGGAUCGCACCGUGGCCAAGGGGGAGACUGCGGUCCUGCAGUGCAUCGCCGGCGGCAGCCCCCUCCCCAGGCUGAACUGGACAAAAGACGACAGCCCAUUGGUCGUGACUGAGCGCCACUUCUUCGCAGCGGCCAACCAGCUCCUCAUCAUCGUGGACGCUGCAGAGGUCGACGCGGGGACGUACACCUGCGAGAUGUCCAACACUCUGGGGACAGAGCGGGGGAACGUCCGGCUGGCCGUCAUCCCUAACCCCAACUGUGACUCCGGAGUGCAGGGCGGUGUGGGGGGGGGCAUGAUGGGCGGGGCAGGAGCGGACAAUGAUGGUUGGACCACGGUGGGGAUCGUCAUCAUCGCUGUGGUGUGCUGUGUGGUGGGCACGUCCCUGGUGUGGGUGGUCAUCAUCUACCACACCCGGAGACGCAGCGAGGACUGCAGCGUCACCAACACAGAUGAGACCCACCUGCCUGCAGACAUCCCCAGCUACCUGUCCUCUCAGGGCACGCUGGCGGAGCGGCAGGACGGCUACAUCCCCUCGGAGAGCGGCAGCAGUGAUCAGUACAUGUCUUCAUCUCUGAGCGGAUUCUACCUGCAGCCCAAAGACAUGAACGGAUUUUGUCAGCUGGACACAGGAAGUGAAACAGACAUGGAGGCAGCCAUCGAUCCUCUUCUCUGCCAUUAUCAAGGACCAAUCAGCUCCCUGCUUCGGCGAGACAACAUGUACUCCACUGAGCCGUCAGACGUCUUCACAGGCUGCUCCAUGGACCAGAGGCCCGUCUACGUGGACUCCUACAGCGGCAGCCUGAGCAGCUCUAAAAUGAAGGACUACUUCCUGUCUGAGCACUUUGACCUCUGCUCCUCCUCGGUCCUGAUGCAGCUCCCCAACGCCAGCCUCCAUCUGGGCCCCCCCCACCAGCAGAGUGACCGCCGCACCUCCACGGAGGAGGCGGAGGCCAACGUGUACGGGAAACCUCACGAGGGUCUCUCCCCCUCCAGCACCUUCAUGGGAACGUUUGGGAAGGCCCCCUGGACCCCCCACAAGGACCUGUACCCAGGCUUUGGCCCGCACUCGGUGACGCAUCACGGAAUAACUCUACACGAAAAUCCUUACGCCGCUCCAGACGCAGAUUCAGACCUGGAGGAGAGUCUCACCAAGGACUCUGCGUCAGAGCAGAGCAACAGCAUCUAUGAACAGCCGUUUGACCUCCUGAGGACGGACCCCCCCCCCGCAGCGCAGGCCCAGCACCUAGCUGAGCUGGGUUUAAGGACCAAAAAGAGAAACCUCUACCUCACUGAACGGACACUUUGCAAUAAAGGACUCCUCAAAUGUGCAACGAGUGAAUGUAACAGACAAUUUGAUGUUCCAGAGAAAGAGAAAGGAGCGUGUUAGCAGCUUCAGUUAAAGAAUAUAGAUGAAUAUAUACAUUUUUUAUAUAAAGUUUAUUCUAUUUUGUAAAUUGUAUAUAAACAGAGUAUUUUUGCUUACCUUUUGAGUAUUUUGCAGCCCUGCCUGUUCAGUUAUUCCAGCUUUGAAUGAAACCAUGUUUUGCACACGUGUAAACAAUAAAGCAGCGCUGCAUUCAGA